UCCCGCACAGAUGGGCAACAAGUUGAGUUGCUCCUGCGCGCCGCUCAUCCGCAAGGCGUACCGCUACGAGGACUCGCCAUGGCAGACGAGCAGGCGUCGCGACGGACAUCUGCUCAGAUUAUGGGCCGAGGUGUUUCAUGUGUCAGCGAGCGGCGCCGGUACGGUGAAGUGGCAGCAGGUGAGCGAGGACCUGGUGCCCGUGAACAUCACCUGCAUCCAGGACUCGCCGGAAUGUGUGUUCCACAUCACGGCCUACAAUUCGCAGGUCGACAAAAUCCUCGACGUGCGGCUCGUCCAACCCGGUACAAGAAUAGGACAAGCGUCAGAAUGUUUUGUAUACUGGAAGGAUCCCAUGACCAAUGACACGUGGGGAUUGAAUUUUACCUCGCCAAUAGACGCUAAGCAAUUUAGAGAAUGUUGUUGUGAUCUGUUGCAGUCGCCGUCGUUCAAGUUCAGCCGCAAGGCCUCCUCGUCGUACAGCCUGAAGCUGGAGCCGCCCAACAAGCAGAAGUUCAAGACGAAGAGGAAGCCGCUGAGCACGCCCGCCUCCCCGAACCGUUCGAGGGAGCCGCAGUGCACCUGCAUGACGGCCGAACAGUACGCCAGACUGAGGGCCCAGGACCCCCGAUACCGAGGUUCGUCGACAUUGCCCAGAGCUCAAACUAGGGCAUUAGACACCGAAGGCAAGAGUGACAAAGUAACAGCUGCAACAUCUUCCACUAGUCUUUAUGAUAACGUUGGUGCUACACAGACUGGAUCACAAGGUACCAAAGGUGCUCAAAGAGAGGGCAGCCAAACAAGACAGAUGAGGGACCGAGGUGUCCAACAGCAAUCCGACACCAGUACCAUGACUUCCAAUACAUCCACUGGACCAAAGACAGUAACUGCUUCCGUUGGAACUGAAAAUAACGUUGGAUCACAGGUUGUCCAGACUGAAUCUCAAUCUCAAACCCAGACAACCGAAUCUUCUAAAUCCGAGGGCACUCAAGCUGGCGGAACCCUUCAAUCGUCAACGAAGACAUCAUCAACCUCCACCAGGCCUCCUCUGAGAGAUAACAUGCAUCACGUGCUCACCAACACCAAGUCGGUGGACUACUCCGAAAUCGACAUGGUGAGAGAGGCCGAACUACGUGCCCACCACCACAACCUCCUCAACAACAACCUGACCAACCGCCGGAACAAGAGCAAAAGCACCGAGGACAUGAACAGGGAGAACCCCAUGAGUUUGGACAGUAACACCUUGAAGAGAAUGCUGAAGCCCAUGCCCAGUGUGGAGAGUCCCGUAACGUCCCCGGAAAUGGGGAGGAGGAGGUACAACUAUUACAACGCGGCCCAUCAUCACAGACACCCGAACAACAACGGCAGACACUCGGAACCGGAGUCCGGACACCCCCAUCCUAGGUCUGCCAUGUCGCAGAACUCUAGGUUUGCCAGUUCAAGAUCGUCGCACGAAAUAGGGCGAGGUUAUCCGGGCAGGGGUCUUUACUUAGAGCUGGAGCGGGGCGCUUGCGGUGACCUGUCGCCACCAUCCGACAACGUCAUCUUCGACAACCAGUGCUACGCCACGACGCCCAGCUCCAGCAACGGUAACUCAGAUCCGGAGCAAAGUGGCCAUCAUUACGGGAGGCAGAGGCACAUGCACCAUCAGAAUUCCAAUGCAACUCCAACUCCUGGUUCACCGACUAGUAGGUUAUUGCUGGAAUACGAAAUGCAUCUUAGGAAUACGUUGGCGAAAGGGAUGGAUGCGGAAAGUUAUAGUUUGCAUACUUUUGAGGCUCUGCUGACGCAAAGCAUGGAAAAUUUAGAAUUCGCCGAAAGUCUGCCCGGCUCGACGCAGCGCAGCCCCUACCCACCCAGAAAACGACCGUCGUCCAGCGCCUCCAUGAACAAAUCAUCAACGCUGCCCCUCUCCCACCGACUGGGGGGCAACAUGUCCCGCGAACGCGACCGGGACAGGGACGGCUACUACAGCGACAGGAACGAAUUGAUCAGGGAGCGGGAGAAGGAGCGGGAACGGGAACGCGGAUACUUGAGCGACCACAAUUCCAGUUUUAGUUCGAGAUGUGCGUCCUGCAUCGGCGAAAGCAGCAGGGCCCAAUGGUUCAGACAUUCGGACGGAUGGAGAUCAGGCAGUUCGAACUUCGGAUCCGGACAGGGUAUGCCGCAAGGUCACAAACGAUCACCGUGGGAUUCUUUGCCUUCACUAAGACAGGACAGCAGUCUCAACGACAGCGGUUACAAAAGCAACAGGGCCGACAGCUUCGAACAAAGGGGGAUAUUCGACAGACAGGACAGCCUUCGAUCGGACUACAUGAGCGACAGGGAAUCGAGCCGGUACGGGAUCGUGCAACAGGCCUCCAUCGAAAGUGCCGACUCCAGGCUCUGCUAUCUGACGUCUUCUGAGAUCUCCGACGAUGAUCGCAUGUCCUUGACGACCGCAGUGUCGGACGAGGACGAUGGCGAGAGCGUGAUGAACUCCCCGUACAAAGCGAAGCAGACCGGCACAGCUGCGGCAUCGUUCAACUGCACCGGGGCCGUCCGCAAGGCAGGAUUUCUGAGUGUGAAGAAGUGGCUGCUGAGGAAGAAGCACCAGAUCGAGCUGGCGAGGAAGCGUGGCUGGAAGGGCUAUUGGGUAUGCCUGAAGGGUACGACGUUGCUCUUCUAUCCCUGCGACUCGCGCGAGGGUCGUUCCGUGGAGGCAGCGCCCAAACAUCUGAUCAUCGUUGACGGGGCGAUCAUGCAACCGAUUCCGGAGCAUCCGAAGCGUGACUACAUCUUCUGUUUGAGCACCGCCUUCGGGGACGCUUAUCUCUUCCAAGCACCUUGUCAGGUAGAGCUGGAGAACUGGGUGAACAGCAUCCACAGCGCGUGUGCCGCCGCUUUCGCCCGUCACAGAGGUAAAACGGGCACGUUGCACUUGCUUCAAGAGGAGAUUUUCCGACUGGAGAAGGCCAUCGAAACGGACUACAAAUUGAAGCACAUGGCGGAAAUGCAACAGUCGGUGGUCGGAGAUUCGGACGCCCGUCAGCAAAUCGCCAACCAGGUCGUCCAGUGGGAGGAGAAUCUGGAGAGGUUGCACUGCGAACAAUUCAGGCUUAGGUGUUACAUGGCCAGUUUGCAGAGCGGCGAACUACCCAACCCCAAGUCCCUCCUCACCCACGUGUCGAGAGCAACGAAGAACACGCUGAACAAACUCGGCGUGUUCACCGUCUCGUCGUUCCACGCCUUCAUCUGCGCCAGGAGUCCCUCCCUGUUGAACAACUUGCUGGCCGGACGCGGUGCCACCAAACGACGCCCGCCCAUGCUCAGCAGAUCCAACAGCGGCUCCAGCAGGAGGUCCCUCCAGAUCAAUUCGCGGGACGAAAGCGAGAAGACGGUGAAAGUGUCCCUGCCCGACGCGGCCACGGCCACCGUCUACGUCAGGGACUCCAUGUCGGUGGAGGAGUUCCUGGCCAGCGCGUGUGCGAGGAAGAACCUGAGCUGCACCGAGCACUUCAUCAGGGUGAAGAAGAGACGCGAGAUGGAGGACCACAACUACUUCGUGCCGCAUCGAAGCGACCUCAUCGAAACAUACUUACACACACACGAGGUGGUUGAGGUUUGCGCCAAGAUCCUGUAUCAGGUGGAGGUGUCGCGUAGCACGUUGGAGCAAAUGUGGGGUUUCAGUGUGGAGGCGGAACUGGUUGAGAACGCCGAUCGACAGGACGAACUUUGCUGCUACGUCAGCAGGGUCGAGGACAAGAGCGUGGCGAUGCAAAACGGUAUAAUAAAGGGCGACGAAAUCAUGGUGAUAAACGGGGCGAUUGUGUCCGACUUGGACAUGAUGUAUCUGGAGAGCGUGUUACAAGAGGAGCUGGCCCUUUGUAUGAUGAUGAGGUCCUCAAGAACUGAACCUCCGGACUUGGCCGGCAUUCUAAGGGCCACUGAUGAUAUUAUCGAGAGCCUGGUUUGUCCACCUCCACCCUCUGAACCACCGGCGAUUAGCGAGGAGAUGAUCUCCGGUCUCAUCGUGCCUGCGCCAGGCAAAGAUCGAUACUCGUCCGACCUAACAGACAACAUUUCCGCAAUUCCAACCGACUCCGGCAUAAAAGUGAGCUCGAGAACCAACUCCUUGGAGAUCGAGAACCUGCUGAAAAGCGCCGAACAAGUAACGGGAUUCUGUCGAUCGCCGCAGGAAACACGGAAGUCGAGCCCUACUGGAAGCUUAGUCAGCAAUACGUCACAGGCAUUGUUGACUCCUUCCCGACAGCUUUCCGACUCUGAAAAGCUGAGGAAAGUCAUCCUGGAGCUGGUGGAUACUGAAAGAACUUACGUUAAGCACUUGAAUAACUUGUUAGAAAAUUAUUUGGAGCCCCUGAAGAAGGAAACCUUCUUGUCGAACGCCGAAAUUAACGCCCUGUUUGGCAACAUUCAAGAAAUCGUUACGUUCCAAAGACAAUUCCUGCAAAACCUUGAGGAAGCCCUGGAUUUGGAGCCGGACUUCCACAAGUUUGAGUACAGCAGUCAGUUUAAGAACGUUUUAUUCUCCAUUGGAAGCGCCUUUUUGUAUUAUGUAAACCAUUUCAAGUUGUACAGUUCCUUCUGUGCCAGCCACAGUAAGGCACAAAAAGUUUUACAUCCAAAUGAAGGAAAUCAAGCCUUACAAGAAUUCCUCGCCGCGAGAAAUCCCAGACAGCAACACUCUUCAACGUUAGAAUCGUAUUUAAUAAAGCCAAUACAAAGGAUAUUAAAGUAUCCGUUGUUGCUGCAACAACUAAGAAAUCUGACUGAUUCAUCAACGGAUGAACAUCAACACUUAGUCGAGGCCUUGAAGGGAAUGGAAAAAGUAGCAGAACACAUAAACGAAAUGCAGAGGAUACACGAAGAAUACGGAGCCAUAUUUGAUCAUUUGUUCAGGCAACACCAGAAGUCUUGUAAACAAACAAUAGACCUUAGUCCUGGAGAUUUGUUGUAUUACGGUGGAGUUGAGUGGCUGAACAUUUCAGAUUUCCUAGGAAAAAUCAAGAAGGGACUUGAGUUGCAUGCAAUGUGCUUCGUGUUCAAGACUGCCGUGGUGUUCUUGUGCAAGGAAAGGCUGAGGCAAAAGAAGAAGCUUAUGGGAGUGGCUAGUAAGAGUUCGUCCUCGGAGGUGGAAAUCAUCCGGUACCAAGUGCUAAUUCCGGUGACUGAAGUCCAAGUUAGGGCAUCCUCAGCCAAAGACAUGGACUCACACUUCUUGUGGGAGCUAAUCCACUUAAGAAGUCAGCUGCAGCGACGCUCAGAAAAGGUGUACGUGCUCUCCAACAGCACGGCGGACUUCCGGAACGCCUUCUUGAAGACCAUCCGCCAAAUCAUCCGGGAGUCGGUGCGGAACAUGUCGAUACCUGCCACGAAACCUGGUGCAGGCCCUGGAAUAUUAUUAGUUACCAGUCACAAGGGGGAGAUGUUGAACAGCCAGACUUUGGAGAGGCCCACGACCAAGACCGUCGUAGUGCAAGGCUCCCACACUUUGGGGAAGGUGAAAAAGUCCAAGUCCAACCAGAGGUAUUCGGCGGGGUACAUCGACUAUGAUAACAUCAGCCAGGAAGGGGAGGAGGCUCCGACCACCUUCAGGAGUAGGAGUAAAACUGUUGGAGACGCUGCAGACAAACCAAAUCGUUCAGAUCAUGACAGGAAUGAGGCAGGCAUCAAGUCAGAGGGCGAGGACGACUCACAAGCUGGAGGAACUGUCAAAGGCAAAGGAGGACUGGGAAGAACUCCUAAUCACCUCACACUAAGCACGACGUCGACACUGUCAGCUGGAAGCACCGGAAGCCAGGCGCGUCUCAUCCAAUCCUCCCAAGCUCCGGAAACGUUCCAGCCCAUGCAGAGCGUGGAUUUAGGGUCACCGGUGUGGAAGCCCAGAGACAGUAGUGUAGUAGAGGCGACCUGUACCACCCUCCCGCGGAAGGGACGCGACCAUUCGGACAGCCGGAACGCCGCUACAUCCCUGAGUGCGUCGCGAAAAUCGCUGAUCGAGGGCGGCCUGGAGGUGCACAGCACUUUCGGCCAGCAAUAGGGCGCAGCCGCCCAGUCUAAAGCCGCCACAGCCGCCCCGCACCCCUCCCCGCACGUGCUCCGCUGCGCAGUCUCGAGCGGUCGUUGUUGAGCGUUCGCUACCAUACUGACAGGCCAUACUGACACACGCCUAUUGAUAAAGGUGCGCUGACUGAUCUAUGAUCUACGAUCUACGAUCUACGAUCUGUGGACGUGGAUCUCGAUUUGGGUGCUUUGUUCAAACCAUUAUCCCACCAUCUGUAGUCUACAAGUAACAUGGAAACUACCAAUGGAAACUACUCUUUUUAAGGCUAACAUUUAGUUUUAUUUUCAGAUUUUAACCUGUCUCAAAUAGUUAGUAUUGGUUAAAUCACAAGAAGUUUAUAUACACUCAUGAAAAACCCACAAUUUUAUAUAUUGACCAUUUUAUAACUAAUAAUUAAUUAUGUUUAAAAUAUAAAAUUAUUUUCACCAGUUAUAGAAAUGUAAAGUGAUUGUGGAAGCCCAAUAAGUAAUUAAUUAUUAAUUUUUUAUAAUUAAGUAUUGAAACACUAGACUAAACUAUAUAAACCUUGAAGAAAUUCACUGAAAUUACUAAAAGUUUAUAUAUAUUCCUGAAAAAGCCCACAAUUUUAUAUAUUGACCAUUUUAUAACUACUAACUAUAUUAUGCUUAAAAUAUAACAUUAUUUUCAGGAUUUAUAGAAAAGUAAAGUGAUUGUGGAAGCUCAAUAAAUAAUUAAAUAUUACUUAUUCAUAAUUAAAUACUGAAAAACCAGAUUAAACUUUUUAAAACUUGUCAGAAAUUCACUGUAAUCACUAAAAGUUUAUAUACACUCCUGAAAAAGCCCACAAUUUUAUAUAUUGACCAUUUUAUAACUAAUAAUUGUAUUAUGCUUAAAAUAUAAACUUAUCUUCAGGAUUUAUAGAAAAGUAAAGUGAUUGUGGAAGCCCAAUAAGUAAUUAACUAAUAUUUAUUCAUAAUUAAAUACUGAAAAACCAGAUUAAACUUCUUAAAACUUGAAGAAAUUCACUGAAAUCACUAAAAGUUUAUAUACACUCCUGAAAAAGCCCACAAUUUUAUAUAUUAACCAUUUUAUAACUAAUAAUUUUAUUAUGCUUAAAAUAUAAAAUUAUUUUCAGGAUUUAUAGAAAAGUAAAGUGAUUGUGGAAGCCCAAUAAGUAAUUAAAUAAAAUUUCUUCAUUUUUAUGUGAUGAAACAUCAGACUAAAAUGUUUAAAACUUGUAGAAAUUCACUGAAAUCACUGAAAGUUUAUAUACACUCCUGGUAAAGCCCACAAUUUUAUAUAUUGACCAUUUUAUAACUAAUAAUUGUAUUAUGCUUAAAAUAUAAAGUUAUUUUCAGGAUUUAUAGAAAAGUAAAGUGAUUGUGGAAGCUAAAUAAAAAAUUUAUAAUUAAUAUAAUAAAUUAUUCAUAAUUAAAUACUGAAAAAUCUGACCAAACUUUUUAAAACUCAACUUCAACAAAUUAUAAAAUAUGCAUUAAAUUUACAAAACUUAA